AUGAGUGACUUCAUCGAGCUUAGUCGAUCAUUGCUUGUAACCUGCGGCCCAAGCUCACAGGACACUCCCACGUAGAGCAAUUUCUCUUCGCUGGUUUGCUGAUGCAGCUGCUUGCUUCAACGUAAAUGGCUCCCACUGCUUAGCGACAGCAUUUGGGAUGCCGUACGUGGUGGUUUCUUCUUUGGAGGAACUGAAUCCUGGAGGGCUGAUUCAACUAACAACGAUCACGGUACCAGUAGCAUUCUUUUGAUCUGCUAACUCUGUUUGUUGUUCAGCUCUUUGCCAAUAGAUGCACUCUAAGGACACAGGCCUUCUCUGUAAGUCCGACACGCACAUUGAAGCUGGAUGUUCUACUUCGUCAGUCUGUUUCUACAUUCUGCUCCUGGCAAGAUGGAGCUCAACCAUUACAGGUCUUGCAGGUCGACGAGGUUGCUAAAGCGGAUGGAAUAUGUCCCUCGAAACUAUAUGCCCAGAGGAUCAGGUGAUGGUUUUCGCUGGGAGUUCUCCGGCAAGAGUGUUAAAGCUCGCCUCCAUCAAAGUAGCACACCUUUGGAGGGAGGCAAACAUAGAUCAGCAUCCAGGCGAUUGUUUUGUAGGAGCAAGCUUUCUAUGGUGGUGAGAUUGUUGGAGCUGAGAUCCAGGUACCUCAUGAGAAGUCCAAAACGCGCUGGUACCUCACCUGGUUGCUUCCGUCUAUCUCUUCUUCGGAUGCCGACAUAAGGGGACGGAUUCAACAAACAACUAGUCGGACAUGAAAGUCCCCAAGGUAAACGUGUUUUUGUUUGUGUCUGUUCUGCGUUUCCUACCAGCCAGGCGUGCGGCCUGACCAUGUGAAAAACUCGAUCCGCUUGUCUUUAUCAAGGUUAAAUGAGUAAAUCUUUGCUUACUUUCU